AUGCGAGGCAUUCACUUCAGGAACAGUAAGGAGGGCAGCAGGACCAUUUCAGGAGCUGCUUCUCAAAUGAUUGAUCUUGAGGAGUGAGUGUCUGUGGAAAGUGAUUCUAUUCAACCAGAUCUAUGGAAAGAAGUUAUACAAAUGAUGACAAUGGCUGCAGACAGACUCACAGCCUUUGGAACUGCUGUUACUUCAGCAAAUCUGGAGCUGCCUGAUGGCCAGGACCUUCCCCUGCCUCCUGUGAUUCUUGGGGAACGAGGGAAGGAUCCACACAACCCCACUGCAUGUUUCUAUUUUCAUGUGGAUGUGCAGCCUGCCAAAAAGGAAGGUGGCUUUAAAACAGACCCUGACACACUGACUGAAAUUGAUGGCUGUUACAUCAAUAAAAUGGGCUUCUGCAUAAUUGACAUGGAAUCGUAUGGAGACCCUCACAGCUGGCCCAUGACCAUAUUGGUGGACUGUGGUGACUAUGAUCUUCACUCUGGAACUUUUGAAGGUAUCAGUCAUGAGUCAAUGAUGGGCUCUAUAGUUCUGCUUGGUAGCGUUGUGGCUCCCACAGGUCAUAUUCAGAUCCCUGUCUAUGAUAGCAUCAGUGCCCUGAUGGAAGAGGAGAGGAAAUUGUAUGAAUCGAUUGAAUUUGAUCUAGAGGAGCAUAAAAGAAAUAGUGCUGUGGAAAAAAAAUUCUCUGUGGCACCAAGGACUGAGGGAGAUUUUCAUGAACCAGGAUUUAAAACAGUUACUGCAGCAAAAGAUGGCAAAUUCUCAAUCCAUCAGGUCCCAGACACGGCUCUGUUUUCCUCACAGGUGGUGGAGGACUUGGAGGGUGUCUUUUCCAAGAGGACAACUCCAAACAAACUGAAAGUGUCUAUGCCUUUGGGUAUGAAGCCCACUGAUGUUAAUGAUCCACCAUAUAUAGCAGCAAGAAAGGCAAUAAAAACAGUUUUUGGAGGAGAUCCAGAUUUUAUUUGGGAUGGUUCAACAGUUCCUGGUGCCAGAAUAUUUCAGAAAAUUGUGAUAAUGCUUCUGACUGGAGCAGGCAACGAUGAAGAGCACUCCCAGAAUUAGAAAACAAGCAGGUUUCUUUUAUUUGUCUGUUUGCACUACAAAGAAAAGGGGAAGCAAAGUCCUUUGCGUCUCGUCUCACUCCCGCCUUGCCGACCUUCAAAGCCCAUCCCAGAGAUUAAAGCACACUAUCGCUCCACCAACCAUGUCAAACAAAACAGCAAACACGAAGUUUGUGUACACCCCUCCACAGCACAAGCUUGUCAUAGCGCAAUCCAGAGCCAGCAGCUGCCGUGCCAGCGGCCACACGCACACAGGACUUCGUCAGGUGCAAAUGAAGGUGGGUUCAAGCACUUCCAACACUGA